UCACUUGUUGGUCAAUCAAGGCCUGGAGCCCCACCCCAAGUGCGAAAGGGGUCGGUUCUUUAGAGGGGCUCACAGGGAAGGUUCCCAGCCCAGAUCUCACCUGCUGCCAAAGCCUCUGGCUAGGGAGUGGACGCGGCCGCUUUAAGGCACUCUGCCCCCCACGGCAACUCGGGCGGGGCGGGGACAGAGCAGGCGCCACUGGCGGAGGCACUGCGAGGGAGGUAGAGCGCUCGCGGAGUCCGGCCCACCAUGCUGACCGCACUGGUCCCGCCAGCCCUUCCUGGGCUCCCAAGGCACCUGCCCGCGGCCCCCGCGCGGCGCCAGGACUCCUCGGGUUCGUCGGGCUCCUACCACACAGCUCCGGGUUCUCCCGAGCCCCCCGACGCAGAGCCAGACGCAGGUUGGGCAGAUUGGCCCUGGGUGGCCCCCGGGCGGGGCGCGGGCGUGCAGCCUCGCCUGUCCGUCAGCGCCCAGAAUAGCAGCCAGCGGCCUUGGUCGGGCUCGGGUUUCCCGCGAGGCCGGGGCUCCGGCCCGCCGCCGCCUCAGCCCCAGCUGCGCGUGCUGCCGUCGGGGGAAAUGGAAGUCAUCUUCGCCGCCGGGCCCCUGUUCAGCCGCUCAGACGUGGAGGAUCAUGAGGUGCAACAGCUCGCCGCGCAGCCACUCAGCCCAUCGUCGCUAAACACUGCGUCUCCAGUCACCGCCUCACCGCGGGCCCCGGCCCCCGACGGCGGAUCCCGCUGGGCCACCUACUUGGAACUGCGUCCCAGCGGGCCGAGUCCCGCAGCCUCUGCUCAGUUUGAGUGCGUGGAAGUGGCGCUGGAGGAGCGCACUGCGCCGGUCAGGUCGCGGACGGUGCCCAAGCGACAGAUAGAGUUGCGCCCCCGGCCCCAGAGCCCUCCUCGGCAGGCCUGCACGCCGCGCCCUAGGCUGCUCCUGCGCACUGGCUCCCUGGAUGAGUCUUUGAGCCGCCUGCAGGUAGCCGCGGGCCUGGUGCAGACGGCUCUAGCCAGAAAACUGAGUCCCGCUACCCCACCCGCGAGUAGCGCCACCGUGAGGCCUACGGAGCGGCCAGAGCCCAAGACUGGAGACACAGCACGCAGCACCCGGUCUUGGCCACCCCGCACACAAGAGAGUUCAGGCCCCACCAGAGCCCCACGGCCUUGGCCCAGCCUCCGUGAGCGCGCUAUUCGGCGCGACAAGCCUGCGCGGGGAACCGAGCCUCUGGGUCCUGUUAGUUCCAGCAUCUUCUUGCAGUCAGAGGAGAAGAUCCCGGAGGUACGCAACCAGCGACCCAAGACUCGGCUCCCCCAAGAGACUCCAGGUCGAACAGUCCGGAGGGAACCGAGUCCAUCUUUGGAGUCUAGAGUUCCUUGGGAGGCACCGAUUAGGGCUGAGAGACCUAAGAGCCGGUCCCCACCCGGCCAGGCUCCCAAUGGGGCGGUGCGGGAACCUCGCAGCCCGUCCCCUCAGAAUCUGUCUCCGUGGAAUCGGGCUGUCUGGAGGGUGAGUAGCCCUCGGUUCUGCGAAGCAUCUUGCACGUCGGAAAAUCGGAAUCCAGCCGUCGAGGAAUCUGCCAGCAGGAGGAGCCCUUCCCCACCAACUCUCUCCGGGUGGAAUCAGGGUGGAGCGAGAGCAAGAAGGAGCCCGUCCCCUGAAGUUCCUUCCCAGUGGGAGGUUCCCCCCCUGGCAGUCCGGGGUAACAAUCCGUCCCCACCAGCGUUGUGCCCAAGGGACGAGCCAGCUCGACCUAUCGGAACGCCGAGCCCAUCGCCCCAGGAGACCUGGGGACCCAGUGUGCAGGGCUCUUCCUUAUUUAGGCGGGAAGUUAUGAACGGUGUAGCUCAGGAGUUGGCACUGCCUACGCCACCCACACCUGGGACCCCAGAACUAACAGAGGUGCAUAGCCUGCCCUCGCGGAAAAUCCCAGAUCUUGACUUCCGCGGUAGCCAGCCCUCACCAGACGCAGAUGCACCCGAGCCGCCCCGCAGUCACCUCGUGGGCACCCAAGUAGCCGACGCGCGCCCAGGAGUCUUGGGCUCUGGGGAAGCAGUCUCUGAACGCCCGCGCGUGGCCAUUCCGCGGCCGCGAGAUGUGCGCAAGAUGGUGAAGACCACCUAUGCGCCCAGCUUCCCCGCAGAAAGCCCAAGUUCGGGAAAGCCUGCUCCACCCGCAGACUCCUGCAGGGAGGGCGGCCUAUCGCAGACGCAAGAGUUCCAGGCGCUGGGGUCCCCCGCUCCGGCUCACUACACCUCCGUUUUCCUCAAAGACUUUUUGCCAGUCGUGCCGCACCCCUACGAGUCCCCGGAGCCAUCCUUCGACACAGUUCCCCGGGACGCCUCGCAGCCCAACGGGGUCUUGCGGCGAAGGGCAGAAAACAGCACAGCGAAACCCUUUGCGCGCACUGAGAUCCGCUUGCCGGGUGCCUUGGCCUUGGGGGGACGGCCAGAGAGAACCCCGGGAGUCCAAGCGCGCUGUACCCGCCAAGAGGGCGCGGAUGCUGAGGCUUCGCGCCUCGCGGGGGACAGGGAGGGUCGGACCAGCCCGCAAGGCGGUGCUCGCUCCUCACCUCAGCAGUCCCCUAGAGCGCCUCCCCGGCCCCAGCCACCCCCGGAGGGCUCUCCGCAGGCGCGCCCCAACUCCAGCCCUGAAAAGCCACCCAGCCUGGAGACACCUGCGAUGGCCCCCGAGCCCGCAGCUGCCCUACAGGCGCCCCUCCCGCCCCAGCCGCGCGCUGCCUCGGCGCCUCCCACGGACCGUUGCAAGCAAGGUCAUUCCCAGGGGCCGCGGAGGCCGCCCGGGGCCUCGCACCCGGGAAAGGUUCUGGUGGACCCGGAGAGCGGCCGUUACUACUUCGUGGAGGCGCCGCGACAGCCGAGGCUACGGCUGCUCUUUGACCCUGAAAGCGGGCAGUAUGUCGAGGUGCUGCUGCCCCCUGCAUCCCCGGGGCUUUCCCGCCACGUCUACGCCCCGCUGGCCAUGGGGCCUGGCCUCUACCCAUCCGCCUAUGGGGCCAUGCCCGGCCUCGCACUGCCGCCUUCCCCGGGCCCGCCUGCCCUUGGCAGUCCCCAGAUACCGUGGGCCUCGGAGGCAGGGGCCUUGGAUGGGCUGUACUACCUGCCUGUGAGUGGGACCCCAAGCCCCACCCCACCCCUGCUUCUUUGUGCACCACCCUCCAACUCGGUCCCUCCCCGGCCAGGCAAGGGCUCAGUGGUACCCUUGUGAGGCCCCAGGCAUGGCCUGAGCCCCAAGGUUGGGGUUCUUCGAUGGCCUUGGAAGUUCUGGUUCCCAGUCCCCUGCUCUUUUCCUCCCAUCACCUCCUUGGUCUUCCCCAGCUAGUCGUCAGACCAGAAGUGAGCUUCAGCGAGUGCAUCAGAGGCUGAUGGAGGUAGAGCUCAGAAAGUGGCUUCCUACUUCCUACCCCCAGAAUGUAUCCCUUUCCUAGGCAUUCCCAGGUUUGGUGUGUUUGUGUAUGUGUGUAUGAAGGCAAGCAAAUACGAAAAAAUGAGGGGACAGCCCGGGAAGUGUUGAAUUCCCGACCCCUCCCCAGAGAGCAGCCGGAAUGGAAGAAGCAGGGACUGGGCUUCCCCUUUCCCAGUUGGGAUCAGUUGAUAUGGAGCAGACCAGUGGGCUCUUUUCAGACUGGCGGGUGGUGCUGUAUGAAAUUCUUUGUUUGGAAGAGGAGCUGAGCUGUGGCCGGUAGGCCAGUGGCUGGUACAGCCUCCAGGCCAGGUUAGGUUUGAGAAAGGGUGCUGUGGGGACAACAGGUAGAAGUGAAGUGAGGAAGUAGCAUAGUAGGCCAGGCUGAAGAGUCAGGCCGGUACUGGGAGUGAGAGGGCUGGGUUGAGGUGGGCCCUGGUGGCUGUGGUCUGCAGUGGGGAGCCUAGCUUCCUUCCUUCCCCUCAAUCCAGUCUUUGGCUUUUCCUGGAAGCCCUCACAGUGGGGCUGGUUCAUCUAAGGGAUCCCGGCUUCUGCCACUCCCACCCAUGUGGUGGGCAGGUGAAGUGAGUCACCAGGGAGGACUUCAAAAAGGAAAGAAGGAAGGAAGCAAGCAAGCUGUUGUUUUAGGGGAGCCAGUUGGCCCUUCUGGAUGAUUGAGGGUUGAGUUAGGGACAGCAAUAGUAGGACAGAAGGGUGGGAUGCUCUCAGCUGGUUUCACUCCCUCAGGAAUAGAUGUAACAUCAAUGCCCAAAGAGGGGCUGGCCUGCAUACUGUCCCAGUACAGGAAGGGACAGGACCAAACCUGCACUUCUGAGAUCCCAGGAGCUUCUGAGGAGGGCUGAGAGUACUGACAGAAUCUGCAUGAAGUGGAAGGUAUGGAGUCUGUGGUUCUGAGCAAGAAAUGCCUUGUUGGGCCAGGAUGUGAUGUGAUACAUUUGGGAAGGGACAGUUUCCAUUAGCAGCAGCAUCAGGAAGGGGAAUCAGUGCCUUCCUGGGGCUUAGAAUCCUUGUCUCCUGGACUGAAAGCUGAUGAGGAGAACUGUGAGUCAGAAUAAGUUGGACAUCUCUUGGCCUCAGCAUGGAGGGUCCUGGGGCCACCCUCAUCUCAUCCUGGACACAAUAAAUGGCUGACCAUGCGCCAUGGUAGCUGAAAUGAU